GCGGGGCUAAACUUACCGAGAGCAGCCGCGCUCACCAAGGUGUGCCCUGGAUUGUUUUUAUCGGCAGCAGUAGUUUCAGUUGAGACAUUUGAGGUGCAGCAGAGACAAAGAGACAGAUUCUUCUCACAGAGCAGCACCAAGUGGAUCAGCGGUCAUGUCCUCCCGACCCAAUGGGAGUCCACCUCCCUACGACUCGGAUACCAGAGAAAGUUACAUCCCCCCCCAGCCGGCCUAUUCCUACUACCCAGAUGACGAGUUCCAGCAUUUCUACCGCUGGUCGUCUCCGCCAGGCAUCCUUAAAAUCAUGUCCAUCAUCUGCAUCGUACUGAGCGUUGGCAUAUUCGCGUGCGUCGCGUCCACGCUGGCCUGGGACGUCCAGGGAGCUAUGGACGGCUUCGGCGGCUACGGAGGCUACGGAGGCUACGGGGGAACCGGGUAUGGCGGCGGCAACUCGUAUGGCAGCUUUGGUGGCGGUGCAUACGGAGCUGGAAACAGCUACGGCUACGGCGGGAUCGGAGGGAACUACUACGACCCCAGAAAGAGCAAAGGGUUUAUCAUCUUCAUGGCGGCCGCCACCUUCAUCGCCUGUCUGACCAUCUUCAUCAUCAUCGUGUCUCACAAGAGCCUGGCGGAAAGCAGGCGGUUCUACCUGGCGGUGAUCAUCAUCUGCGCCAUCAUAGCGGUGCUAAUGCUAAUAGCGUCCAUAGUGUACUUGGUGGCGGUGAACCCCAUGGCUCAGUCCUACGGAUCGACCUUCGGCAUGCAGAUCGCCGGUCUGUGUUCUCAGUACCAAGGGCCGCAGCAGUCAGGACUUCUAGUCAAUCAGUACCUCUACCACUACUGCGUCCUGGAGCCACAAGAGGCCAUCGCAGCGGUGUUCGGCUUCCUGGUCGGCGUCGCUCUCAUCAUCAUGCUCGUCUUUGCGCUGAAGACUCGCCAGGGAAUCCAAAACUUCGGCAAGAGCAACGUUUUGUGGAAAAAGGUGAAGGUCCUCAACGAGAUGGAGCCACCUCCAGACGUGGAGGCGUGGGUGAACACUGUGUCCCACGGUCCUGAAGUGCUGCCGAUGGGCUACCCUGAGAAGAUGAGAGGCUCCAGGAGUCACCUGGAUGACGAAAGCAGCAACUACGACAAACCCCCCUACAUCUACACCCCACAGCCUUCAGUGGAAGGAAACCUGCCCUCGCAGAACGGGGAUCCCCACAGCUCUUACUCAGACGUGCCCAGCUCGGCGGGAAAGCCCAAAAAGAGACGGGCGCCCCGGUCGCGUCAGGACAACGAGGCGGACUACAACUCCUCCGGAGACGAGCUGGACGACGACGACUUUGACAAUGAAUUUCCUGCCAUAACUAACGAGGUGGAGCGCACCGACUACAAGCGGCAGUUUGACCGCGACCACAAGGAGUACAAGGACCUGCAGGCGGAGCUGGACGCGCUCAACAAGAACCUGUCGGACGUGGACAAAGAGCUGGACGAGCUGCAGGAGGGCACCCCACAGUUCCUGGAUGCUUUGGAUGAGUACAACAGGAUUAAAGACAUUAAAAAGACUCCAGACUACCAGGUGAAGAAGCGCAGGUGUAAAUAUCUCAAGUCCAAGCUGAGCCACAUCAAGAAGAUGGUCAGCGAUUACGACCACAAGGCCUGAACAAUUCUGUGAGGAUGUUAACGCCUGUUUGAGACGGGAGGGGAGGGGAGUUCGAGGCUUUUCUGACCACGGCAGACUGUGGAGAGCGGAGCGACACUGAUAUAACCCAGAAGUCUGUCUGAGCUGUUAGCAGGUGAAACAUUGCAAAGCUUGUUUUAUACUUCGGAGGCACAGAAAAGAAAGAUUCUCGCUUGUAUUAUAUUCCACUCUCUGUGUUGUCCGUAUCGCCUGCUAGUUGCAUUUAAAUGUAUUUAUGAAAAAAUAAAUGAAAAAGUCUUUUGGAAUAGUCUUUGAGGAGUUAAGAUACUAGAUAGUGGAGUGAACAUAAACUCAUGUAUAAUCCUUGUUUGUUUUUAAUAGCUCUUGUUACAAUGGAUUCAACAUGAGAUGCUAAUUUGUGAAUUUAAUUCUCAUUUUUAAUCCUUUCUCGGCGAUGUAAAUAUGUGGGAAACACUGUUUUUAGAAGUAAGUUCACAUGUUUGUGUGUUUCUUUUAUGGAUGGUAGAACAGACGGACACUUUUACAAUGAUUAUGCAUGUUUAAUGUGUAUAUACGUAUGUACUUUUACAAUGAGUUGUGAUACCUUUUUAUUAUAAUAAAUUAAUUUGUAAAACUA